AUGGCUCCGCCUCCUCCUUUCACGCUCGAUUCCAGAGCUGUCAGUGGAAUCACUGGCUCCAUUUCAAUCUCAUGUUGGAUCAUUGUCUUUACCCCCCAGUUAUACGAAAAUUUCCGUCGUCAAAGCGCAGAUGGCCUCUCUCUCAUGUUUGUAAUCUUAUGGCUCUCCGGUGAUAUCCUUAACGUCGCAGGUUCCAUUCUUCAAGGUGUUUUACCUACCAUGAUCACUCUGGCUUUCUACUACGCCAUUGCCGAUCUUAUUCUUUUGCUCCAAAUUCUCAUGUAUAAUCGCAAAAAUGCCCUCUCCCAAAAAGUUGACCCUUCUCAUCUUUCUCCAGCAACCCCACUUCUUGAAUCUUUUGAAGAUGAAGAAGAUGAUGAUGAUGAUGAUAACAAUACAAACUCUCAAGAAAACUCAUUUUUCAAUCCUCACCACCAUCAUCAUCAUCAUCAAAACAAACAAACUCAUGGAACUUUUGAUAUUGAACAAAAUAUAACUUCUCCAUCAACUUCAACAAACAAUAGACCUACCUCUAUCUCUUCUACAUCUGAAGAAAAACCUCCCAUGCCAUUUUAUAAAACUAUUCUCAUCAAUACCCUUAUGGUUACAGGUGUAGUUAUUGCUGGCAUUGCUGGAUGGGCCUUUUCUCAACUGCGUCAUAGUUCACCUCCUCCUUCAGGACCUCCAUCUGAACCCGAGCCUCCUUUGGAAUUUGAUUUCUGGGGGCAAGUUUUCGGUUGGGGGUGUGCGGCCUUAUAUUUGGGGUCUCGUGUGCCACAAAUUUUACUUAAUUUUGAACGCAAGUCGGUUGAAGGCAUUUCAUUUCUCUUCUUUUUGUUUGCAUGCUUGGGUAACUUGACUUAUGUCAUUUCUAUUCUUGCUCUUAAUACCUCUUGGAAAUAUAUUCUUAUUAACGGUUCCUGGCUUGCAGGUAGUUUUGGAACUCUGUUACUGGACUUUAUUAUCUUUGCCCAGUUUUGGAUUUACAAUAGAAAUGAAAAUGAAGAAGAUGAAGAUGACGAAGAUGAAGAAGAGUUUUGA